AUGGGCACCCAAUCUAACUUGAGCCAGCAGAUGAGGGACUUACUGUGUACCUCGUUUCCUGAAGAGCAAGGUGAAGAUUACUCACACGAAUAUGAUGGCGAUAGUGAUGAUGAGGAUUUGUCAAAAUCCAUUAAAUCUGCUCACUACUCUUCAUCUCAAGAUAGAUUCAUGAAAGAUCAUGAUUUAAAGGUUAAAACAUUUGAGGCAUUGCAUGGGAAUCUGGGGUCAAAGCCAUCACCACCAGGAGGCGCAAACCUUAGGAGAAGAUCCUCCGUUAUCGAUAUGCCACACAAUUUACAUCCACCUCCAUCUCAAGCACCGCAUGUAGCUACAAACAAUGAUUACAUAUUUGGAACUAACGCUUUACCCGAGGAAGUGCCUUCUAGUGAGCUUAUCCAGUUUUAUCUGGAUGUAAAGCAUUGUUUGGAUCUUCGCCACAAAUACUUGAAUAUUUCAUUACAAACACCAGAGCUGUUGAACCCUAAAAAUCAACUGGACUGGAAAAUCUAUCCCGCACCUCCCAAACCAACUUACAAAUCAAAGAACAAAUUCAACCAGGUGAGGACAACUCCAGAUGAGGGUGAAGAGUUCGACUUCAGCAAAUGUGACAUUCCUGACUUGGGUGCAACUGAUUAUUAUUUUGUAUUAAAUGAAGAGGGGGUGUAUGAGGUGUUUGAUGAUUCGAAUAACGAGAAGCUUGUCCAGGUACCAAACUUGCACGAGUAUUACAAUGAUCUAGCUUUUAUUGGUAACAUUUCAUCCGAUGGGCCAACGAAAUCCUUUUCGUUCAAAAGAUUGCAAUAUCUAGAAGCCAAAUGGAACAUGUAUUACUUGUUGAAUGAGUUUGAAGAGACAAAACAAUCAAAAGCAAAUCCUCAUCGUGAUUUCUACAAUGUAAGGAAGGUUGAUACACAUAUUCAUCAUUCGGCAUGUAUGAAUCAAAAACACUUGCUUCGUUUCAUUAAAUAUAAAUUGAAAACUGAGCCAGAUGAACCAGUAAUAUUCCGUGAUGGCAAGAUUUUGACGUUGGCUGAGGUUUUUCAAUCGUUGAAAUUGUCAGGAUACGAUUUGUCAAUUGAUACAUUGGAUAUGCAUGCACAUACAGAUACUUUCCAUAGAUUUGACAAGUUCAACUUAAAGUAUAACCCAAUUGGGGAGUCGAGAUUGAGGGAAAUCUUUUUGAAAACUGACAACUUUAUCGACGGAAGGUAUUUGGCAGAACUUACCAAACAAGUUAUGGAGGAUUUGGAGAACUCCAAGUACCAAAUGAACGAGCUUAGGAUCUCAAUAUACGGUAGGUCUAUUCAUGAAUGGGACAAGGUGGCUUCGUGGGUGAUUGAUAAUAAAUUGUUUAGUCACAAUGUCAGAUGGCUUAUUCAAGUUCCUAGAUUGUAUGACAUCUACAAAAAGAAUGGAAAUAUUCGUUCAUUUUUGGAUAUUGUCAAGAAUCUAUUUGAACCAUUAUUUGAGGUUUCAAGAAAUCCGAAAUCGCAUCCCAAAUUAUAUAUCUUUUUGCAAAGAGUAGUUGGGUUUGACUCUGUUGAUGAUGAGUCAAAGGCGGACAAACCGUUGCCACCACAUAAAUACCCUUCUGCGAUGGAAUGGAACUUUACAUCCAACCCUCCUUACUCCUACUACAUAUACUAUUUGUAUGCUAACAUUGCCAAUUUGAACCAUUUACGAUUGAAGAAUAAUUUCAACACAUUCGUUUUGAGACCUCAUUGUGGUGAAGCGGGUGAUCCUCAUCAUUUAAUUAGUGCCUUUUUAACAUCUUAUGGAAUAUCGCACGGUAUAUUGUUGAGAAAACUCCCAUUCAUACAAUACUUGUAUUACCUUGACCAAGUUGGACUUGCCAUGUCACCUUUGUCCAACAAUGCGUUAUUCCUCACUUAUGACAAGAAUCCUUUUUACAAUUUUUUCCAAAAGGGGAUGAAUGUCUCCUUGUCAACAGAUGAUCCGUUACAAUUCUCAUAUACAAAGGAGCCCUUGAUUGAGGAAUAUUCAGUAGCAGCACAAAUUUACAAAUUGUCAGGAGUUGACAUGUGUGAAUUAGCGAAAAACUCCUGUUUACAAAGUGGCUGGGAAGCGACAAUCAAAAAGCAUUGGUUGGGUAAAAACUAUAUGAAAGGCGGGGUCGAGGGUAAUGACAUAGAAAAAACAAACGUCCCUGAUAUUAGAGUCCUCUUUAGAGAAGAAACUUUGAAAAGUGAGCAACAUUUGGUACAAUACUAUAACGAAAUGAAGGAGAAACAAGCAAACAACGAAUAA